CAAAUUGGGAGUACACCGCUGGUGUCUGCUAGUGCCGUAGCUUGUCGUUUGGUUUUCUUGCAUUUCUUGCCCAUUCUUCCACUGUAUGCUAUCGCUCUGGCCACUGGGAGGUUCGCUGUGUGGAUAUACUAAGCGGUGCAGAGGUUGCUCCCCCUCCAGGCUCGCAACGGUUUAUGGCUGAUUAUCACCUAGCAGUGAGCUCAACUGCUACCAGCAUGGCUUUCUCGAACAGUGCUAAGGCUGAUGCCACCACUAGCCCGCAGCAGCGGCUUCACUAUCAGCAGCCACAGCAGCAGCAGCAGCUUCACCAUCAGCAGCUACAGCAGCAGUUUCACCCUCAGCAGCUACAGCAGCAGCUUCACCAUCAUCAGCUACAGUACGACAUGUUAGGAGUGAGCUCAACUGCUACCAGCAUGGCGGUUUCGAACAGUGCUAAGGCUGAUGCCACCACUAGCCCGCAGCAGCAGCUUCUCUAUCAGCAGCCACAGCAGCAGCUUCACCAUGAGCAGCUACAGCAGCAGCAGCAGCAGCAACAGCUUCACCCUCAGCAGCUACAGCAGCAGCCGCAGCAACAGCUUCACCCACAGCAGCUACAGCAGCAUCCGCAGCAACAGCUUCACCCUCAGCAGCUACAGCAGCAGCCGCAGCAGCAGCUUCACCAUCAGCAGCUACAGAACAACAUGGUAAGAGUGAGCUCAACUGCUACCAGCAUGGCGUUUUCGAACAGUGCUGAGGCCGAUGCCACCACUAGCCCGCAACACCGGCUUCACUAUCUUCGGCAGCGUCACCAUCAGCUACAGCAGCAGCAGCAGCAACAGCAGUCCAACAUGUUAAGUGGUGUUGGAGGACACCAUGCUGCCACAGCUGGCUGGGCCAACUUUGUCACGGAGCAGGACCAAAUGUUCAAUGCCCUCAGCUUAGAUGAUUAUCUGAAUUACUUUUUACUGCCGUUCCUGCCGGGUGACAGCGUGCAAGUUCCCAUCAAUCACGACGGGACGCGUCAAGCGAGUGGUGGAUCAUUACCAUCGAACAUGAAGACUCACCAGCGCCGAGAAUCAAGCGCCUCAUCUGGUAUGCAGCACAGAGACGGUCCCGGUUUUGUUGACAACCCUUUACUGCCAAGCUUGCUGAGCUGUGAAUCACUUCCAGCACCAAUGGCAGCUGGACAGUUCUCCGCCACAACCACUGCGCCGGUUAGUAGUGCAGUGUCUGACAGAUCCUCAAAUGGAACUGCUGCAUCGAUGGGUACCACCACCACCACCGCCGUGACACUGUCCCAUACACCGAUGGCUGACUCAUCCACGGCAAAUGUACGGCGGCAGCAGCUGCAGCCAACAUAUGUGCUACUAUAGUAUCCUAGGCAAGUUGACACGCGCCUACCUCCGCAGGUGUACGUACUACUAGUAGGAAGUCCUAGGAAGAUGGUGUUGUAGAGUGCCGUCUGACUAGUCCAUGCAGUGAUGGAGCAGCUCCAGGGUAUUGCGUAUCAUUGAGUAGUAUUAUGCCAGUACUGUACCUUGCCAUAUCCACUGUAUUAAUGGAGUCUGUGUGACCAAUCAGACUGUGUGUCUUACGUGCUGACGACUUUCUUGCACUAACCCUGACGUAGUGUAUAUAUUAUAACUUUGCAGAUUGAGUAUUAUAACUUUAAUCUGUCCAUGUAGCUUUUUGCUAUGUCCCUUGCUUGGCAAGAACGUGAACCUACAUCCAUCAUGGUGGCAUUGACGUGUGCCUUGUACAAAAUGACGUUAUAUUUCUCGCCGGCCGAGCGGGAGUGAUCGAGGCGAGAAAUGAUUUCUCGCGCAACAAAAUUAUUUUUCUUGCGAAUAUGGAAUCUGAUGUUUUCUCUUUUUGUUGCUGUUCUUUUUGCCUGACUCCUUCAGUCAGUUUUUUUGUGUCUCAUCAGUGUCCUAACCCUCCCACCCUUCAUGUCUGCUCAUCUUCUUCCAUUUCUUUCUUAGCUGUGGACAUGUUGUGUCUGUUUUUAUGCUGCUAUGUUGCCACUUGGGGUUAUGCACCCGGUUUUUUCCCUCAUUCGUGCGUCCGUCGGCCAGAGGGUUUUUUCCCGGCUGGCUCGGUCCAGAGAAAUUAAUCUGACGGUCCCAAGUGGUGCUUGUCCUG